CCCUCCGCCCGGCCCUGCCCCCCCCCGCCUCCCGCCCGCGCUCUCCCUCUGUCCCGUCCUUCCUCUGUCUGGCCCUGUGUCGCCCCUGUUCGGGCGCCCUCGCGUUGUUCCCUCUUCGUGCGGGUUGCCUGGGCCCUUUGUCGCCCCUGUUCGGGCGCCCUCGCGUUGUUCCCCUCUUC